AUGGCAUUCUCGACUAAAAGUAUCUCCUGGUCGCUGUAUAAAGACGCCUCAUGCUCCGACGCUGGUCGAGUGUUCCACGGACUUUUUGAUGUUGCGGUCGUAACAUCUCGACGAUGUCAAGUGGUUGAAUCCAAUGGCGACAACCCUUCUGAUGGAUCGCUCGUGUCACUGAAAACGACUGGACUUGCACUCGUGCCGGAAGUUCAAAGCCGAGUGGAAAAUCUCCUCGAGCGACGUCCCCGUCACUGUGAUCAGCAAAGCUCAAUAACUGAUACUAAUCUAAAGGAUGACAAUGACGACGAUGCGUUUCCCGUGGCUAUUGAGAAUCUCAGUUUAAGUGCUGAAGCUGCUGAAGAGCUGGGGAUGAGGCACGAUAAGGCCGAGUUGUACUGCAAACUGCAGCUAAAUGACGCUUCAAGUGGUGGCGGAUCUAAGUCUGAUGAGAUCGAGGAUCCCAUUAGGCAAGAGAGGGACUGGUUCUCGUGGAAGAUACAGCGGGCAGAUGAGUACCGAGUACGUGGGAACGAAGCUUUCAAACAGGAGAGCUACAGCUUGGCUGUGCAGCUUUACGAGCGAGCACUAGCAUGGCUGGAGCCGCCAGCUGCUUGGUCGCACACGGCACUCGAUGGUAAAGGACAGUACUCGAUCGAGGAGCUGCACCAAGUGAACCACGUAGCUGUCGCGUGCUAUGCCAACUUGGCGACGAGCUAUUCAAAGAUCAACGGAGACGAUGACAUCGAUCGCUGCAUCGCUGCCGCUACAAGUGCACUGGCGAUCGAAGACGCACACGUGAAAGCUCGCUAUCGUCGAAGCCAAGCGUAUGUCCAGUCGAAAGCGUUUGACCAGGCGCUUGCAGAUCUCACAAAGCUACUCGAGCUCGAGCCGAACAACAAUCUGUUCCGAAGCGCAUUGGCUCGAGCUCGACGAGCAAAGACGCAGCUCUGCAAGAAGCAGCAAGCCGCGUUUGCAAACCUCUUUAAAUAG